CUGUUUUUAUGGAUGGACCCGUGUACCUUGAACUUGUAGAAGUAGACUCACCCGUCUCUUCUGUUUCUCGAAGUUUUUCAGCGAUGUCUAACGUCCCACAUUUACUCCGACACGCGCCUUCAGCCCUCAGGCGGUUGUCGGGCGGCAGGAGGGCAGAAAAGGGCGCCGGUUUGUGGCUUAACGUCAGGUUUUUGCAGUUCAGCUCCUUGUCGUCGAGUAAUUUACAUCCGCACAGAAGCAGCUCCAAAGGUUAUACAACAUCUGCCAGCACGAAACCGGUCCGGAUCGGCUGUGCCUCUGGGUUCUGGGGGGACACAGCGAGCUCAGUGCCUCAGUUGAUCUACGAUGGUAAGCUGGACUUCCUGGUCUUUGACUACCUCAGCGAGAUCACCAUGUCUCUGCUCACCGCCGCCAAGGCCAAGGCACCUAAUCUGGGUUACGCUCCGGACUUUGUCCAGGUCGCUCUCGCUCCGUUUAUUAACGACAUCCACAGGAAAGGUAUUCGUGUCGUCAGUAAUGCUGGAGGUGUGAACCCUCUGGCCUGUGCUGAGGCCAUACAGGAAGUCAUUAAAAAAGCUGGCCUGGACCUCAAGGUUGCCGUGGUGACUGGUGAUGACGUCAUGCCCCAGAAAUCCAUCCUGUCUGAGGUGAAGAUGGUGGACGGCGGCGGCAGGCGGCCCUUACCUAAAACCCUCCACAGCAUGAAUGCUUACCUCGGGGCUCUUCCUAUCCGCCGCUGCCUGGAUGUCGGGGCAGACAUCGUGGUAACUGGACGCUGCGUGGACAGCGCCGUGGCUCUGGGGCCGCUCAUGCACUCCUUUGGCUGGGAGAGGACUGACUAUGACCUGCUGGCAGCCGGGAGUCUUGCUGGCCACCUGAUUGAGUGUGGAGCUCAGAGUACAGGAGGAAUCUUCACCGACUGGCACAAAGUUCCUGACUGGGACAACAUGGGCUUCCCGGUGGUGGAGUGUUCCAGUGACGGCUCCUUCGUCCUCUCCAAACCGCCCAAAACCGGCGGCCUCGUCUCCUUCGGCACCGUGGCGGAGCAGCUGGUGUACGAGAUCGGUGACCCGCGGCGAUACCUGCUGCCUGACGUCACCUGUGACUUCAGCCAGGUGCUCAUCAAGGAAGUACCAGGUGUAGACGGUGGUGCUGUGAGGGUGACGGGGGCCAAAGGCUCCGCUCCGUCACAGGACUACAAGGUGUGUGCCACUUACAUGGACGGCUUCAGGGCGACGGCCGUGUGUCCAGUUGGCGGGCCGAGAGCGGCAGAAAAGGGCCGCCGGACUGCCGAGAGCAUCGUCAAACGGACGAAGCGCAUGUUCAAGCAGUUGGGCCUGGAAGAUUUCACCUCAGUCAACAUCCAGAUGCUCGGAGCUGAGGACACAUACGGCGCCAACGCUCGUAACGAGCAGCAGAAGCUGGGCUCCAGGGAGGCCGUGAUCUGGAUGGCCGCCCACCACAAACAGAAGAAAGCUCUCGAGCUGUUCGCCAGAGAAGUCGCUCCUGCGGGGACCGGCAUGGCUCCCGGGCUGACCGGCAUCGUGGGUGGACGACCCAGAGUGUCUCCUGUCCUGAAGCCGUUUUUCUUCUUGCAUCCCAAAUCUCAGCUGAAGGUGGACAUUCACGUUGGUGGAGAGCUGGUGGAGUCUGUCACAGAGGCGGAGCCUGACACACCUGAGCAGGAAGCCCCUCCCCCCUCAGCAGAGGAGGUGCCUGACACAGAGCUGCCCAGUGGACCCCACAGCUACAGACUGGAGGAGCUGGCCUACACCAGGAGCGGGGACAAAGGGGACUCGGCCAACAUCGGAGUCAUAUCUCGCCAUCCCCUCUUCUUCCCCUACCUGAAGAAACACCUGACUUCUUCUGUGGUGGAGGACUACUUCUCCCACCUCCUCCAGCCAGGCGUGAAGGACGCCGUCACCCGCUACACUCUGCCGGGGAUCCACGGGCUCAACUUUGUCCUGCAGAGUUCACUGGGAGGGGGAGGGGUGGCGUCACUACGCAGCGACCCUCAGGGCAAAGCCUUCGGUCAGAUGCUGCUGGACCUGAAGCUCAGAGGACUUCCUGACCUCAAGUCGCUGGUGGACUGAGACCGAGAGGAGCCGCUGAGAAACACUGAGGGAGGCAGCUGUGGGAAGCGGACACAUAAAACCCCUUCAACCAACAAUAUGCAAGAACUGUUUUACUCUUUGUUUGCUGUGGGAAACUCGGACAGCCGUGAGUCAGCUACUUUGCUGACACAUCAGAACAUCAAGCGAAUGCAGCAGCACACGGCGGAGCAGGAAGUCCAGCUCGCCGUCCGCCUUCCAGCCUUUCAUUUCGUGAUUCUGUUGCCAACAACUGAAGGCCAGUCUGGCGUGUUUCCCGUCCGGCCUUUUGCUUGGUCACUCUUUCUUUUCUUUGCCUCGUCCGUUGACGUCCUCUUCGGUCUCUCGCUGAGUCCGUCCGUCCCCCAGCACAGAGUAGUCUAACACGAACCUGUAGUGUCCGUUUGAUGGUUUGCAGAUCUGAGUUAUCAACUUGGAGCAAAGCACUAAUAAACCAGGGUCAUCCUUUCAAUCCAAAGUCAGCACAGUCCUGAUUUCCCUGCCUUUAAGGCAUCACAUGAACAUCAGGAGUGCGGGGCCAGCAGCGAACACCAGAGGCUCUGCAGCCCACUCUGGGCUGGAGGAACCAUUUGGGAGCGACCGCAGACGCUGUGGUCACAGUUUGGCUCGGGGCGGAACAAAUCGUCUGGACGAGUCGGGUACUUUCGGGUUGACGCCGGUUUCGGCUAGAUCACCUCGACACGACCCGACUCUGAUGUUCGCCCCACAGGAAUGUGCGUCUCCCUCCACCAAACCGACUCUCUGGCUUCCAGGCUGUUUAGCCAUAAUUGCAACCAGACCGAAGCUGCAGUCGGAGUUAUUCCUCAGCUUCUGUCAUCUCCCCCACCUCCUCUGACUCACGUCCCCCCUCCACAAAUCCUCCUCCUCAUUUGCUCUCAUCAGUGAAUUCAAUAAAUACCAUGUGACUCUUUCCUCUGUGGAUGUCCAGCUCAGUCCGGGUGCUUGUCUCUCAGGAGACUGUGCUGGUUUCUGGGAUCCGCUGCUGCUCUGAUCCCGGACUUUGGGAAUCCGCUGAUUUUGGUGUUUAGUCUGAUGUUUUGCUGCUGGAUUUGUGAGCUUCUCUUACGAUGUGAUGUAACAAUGGCCUUCUAACCGUCAUCACGUGGCAGGAUGGCCUCCUGAGGCCGCCGUCGGCUCGCCGGGCGUGCAGGACGGUCCUGACUGUGGAACCUCGACGGCUUCUUCUGGAUUCGAUCAAAAUCAGCUUCGGUUUAACGGCGUCCGCCUCACGUUCUGUCCUCGUGUGUUUCUAACAGCGCAGGUGAACUGAGAGAAUCAGGAAAGCCUGAUUUCUCGUGUUGCCAGGAAACAGACUGAGCAGAACGUCCCAACAGUCCAUCCUGCCCUCAGAACUUCACUAACACCGAGCUCGUUUCUGUGUGAUUUUAUAGAUACUAAAGUGAAGAUAUUAAAAAUAUUUUUGUGUU